AUGUUACCAUUUAUUUUAAUGACCGUACUAUUGUUACCAUUAAUUGUUGAAUCGAAAGGACAUUGGUCUUAUGAAAAUAUUACAAUAUGGUCGCGUGAUUAUGGUUAUUGUGCUGGAAAUCUACAAUCACCAAUCGAUUUACGAUUUAAUAGAUCAUAUAUUGAUCAUUGUCUUAAACCUAUGUAUUUUCAACAACUAAGUUCUCAUGCUCAACUUAGUUUAUCAAAUCAUUAUGUGUUAAAAAAUGUUGCCCUGGGAAGUAAAGAUUAUAGAGUAGAACAAAUUCAUUUUCAUUGGGGUCAUUCAAAUGACAAUGUUAAUGGAUCAGAACAUUUACUCGAAGGACGAUCAUAUCCAUUAGAAAUGCAUGUGGUAACUUAUUCAAGUUGGUUUUCAAAUAUUGUUGAAGCAAUGACGAACACACGUGCACUUGCUGUUGUCGGUGUUUUCUUUGAACUUAGUAAUGAACCAAAUCCAUUUCUUCAGCCAAUAGUUAAUGUAUUAGAACAUAUUCGAGAUAAAGGUAAACGCGUUAUUGUUGAGGAAGAUUUCAAUUUAAAAGCUUUAAUUGGUGAAAAACGUAUGCGUCGUUACUAUCGUUAUGAUGGCUCAUUAACAACUCCACCUUGUUAUGAAUCAGUCAUAUGGAGUGUUUUACAAGAACCAUUACAAAUAUCAUCCGGACAACUUCAAGCUUUUCAAAAUUUACAUGGAGAAAAAUCUGAAUUAAUGAAAAAUACAUAUCGAACAAUACAACCCCUUGGUUCCAGAAAAUUAUUUCGUAGUUUUGCUUCAGAAAAUAUUUAUGAUGAUGAAAUCAAGAAACAAGUGUCAUCAAAAAGUCAUGGUCAAUAUUUGACGGUCAAUAUGAAAAUUUCUUUUGUUUUAAUGAACCUUUUAAUGCUUAUUGUUUAA